UCCGUCUCAGGGUCAGUCACGUGGUGGGCAGCACGUUUCCGUGUUUACAGAGAUGUGAGCAGACUGGCUGGUCGGCGUUCAGCUCCUACGAGGAUGGUGUGCAGUCAUGGCUUUUUUAAGGACGACAGAACGAACCAAAGAGAGAUUUUCUCUUCUGUUGCUGGAUUUAGAGGAAUAUUAUUUUGAACAGCACACUGCAUACCAUGUGACAACCAGUUCAAAAAAGGAGAGAAAAGUCAGAGGCUCGUUCAAGGUCUGUUCCAGAUCUGUCAUUUUUGAUCCAGAGGAUCUUGCUGAGCCAAUUUUAAAGAUUCCUCUUCGAGACUGUAAGAAGAUUGAGUUUGUGGAGAGAGAAAACAACCCCUUCAAUGAACCGAGGCCAUCUACCAUCUCUAUUUCAUGUGUACAGGUUAUUUACAUCAAAGAGAGUAAUGUCAUAGCGCCCUACAGAAAUGAAAGGGGGGCAAAGAAGGUGACCUUUCAGUUGGAAGGUUGGAGUAAAACAGAAGAUGUCGUUCAAACAUUACUCCAGCUCAACAGGGCGUCCUGUCUCCAAAAGCUUGGAGACCAGACUGCAAUGAUUGCAGCCAAUUUACAAUCACGACUGGCUAGGUCCUCUUUUGACAAAAACUGCUUUCAGAGCGUUGCUGAGAAGCCUCACAUGGAGUGUGCAGUGGAGAUGGUCAUGCCUCUGGUGUCCAAUCCUGGCCACGUCUGCAUAACAGAUGAAAGCCUCUACUUCCAGCCUCUCAAUGGAUAUCCGGAACAGGUGAUUCAAAUCAAACUCCACAGAAUCAGGAGAAUCUACAAGAGACGGCAUGGACUCAGACCUCUGGGUCUUGAGGUGUUCUGUACUGAGAAUGACUUCUGCUCAGACAUCUACCUGAAGUUUUACAAGACUGCUGAGAGAGAUGAAAUCUACUAUUACAUCGCUACUUUCCUGGAGAACCAUGUGACUGAACACACAGCAGAGAGUUACAUGCUGCAGUGGCAGCGUGGCCAUCUGAGCAACUACGAGUACCUUCUUCACCUCAACAACCUGGCUGACCGCAGCUGCAACGACCUCUCCCAGUAUCCCGUCUUCCCCUGGGUCAUCGCUGAUUACACCAGCGUCCAGUUGGAUUUGACAAACGCUGCCACAUUCAGGGACCUGAGCAAACCUGUGGGAGCCCUAAACAAAGAGCGACUGGACCAACUGCUGGCUCGCUACAGAGGCAUGCCUGAACCUCGCUUCAUGUUCGGCAGUCACUACUCAUCUCCAGGCUACGUCCUCUUCUACCUGGUCAGAGUCGCUCCUGAGCACAUGCUGUGUCUCCAGAAUGGACGCUAUGACCAUGCAGAUCGCAUGUUUAAUAGCAUAGGUGAUACGUGGAAAAACUGCUUAGAGGGGGCAACUGACUUCAAAGAGUUGAUUCCAGAGUUUUAUGGGGAUGACUGUGGCUUCCUGGAAAACCAACUGAGACUUGGUUUGGGCAGAAGGCAGAACGGAAGCUUAGUGGGGGAUGUAGUUCUCCCACCAUGGGCCUCAGAUACCAGUGAUUUUCUCCAGAAGCACAGGGCAGCACUGGAGAGUCAGUAUGUGUCGGAGCACCUACAUGAGUGGAUUGACCUGGUGUUUGGCUUUAAACAGAGAGGCAGUGAAGCACUUGCAGCCCAUAAUGUGUUUCACCCUCUGACCUAUGAAGGAGGCAUCGACUGCGAUGGCAUUGAGGACCCUGACCAGAGAAUCGCCAUGCUGACACAGAUCCUGGAGUUCGGGCAGACGCCAACACAGCUGUUCACCACCCCUCACCCUCAGAGGAUCACACCAAGGUUUCAAAACAUAACUCGCAGCUCAAGCACCAACUCACCAUCCGGUGAACUGUCUCCAGCCUCUCAGAGUGAGGACUCGUCCUUCGAAGACCUUACAGAGGAGAGCAGGAAGUUAGCCUGGGCAAACAUAGGAAAUCUGAAACCCAUCUCCAGCCACAAGAUCCAUAAAGAGGCUGUGACGGGUAUCGGCGUGACCCGUGAUGGAGCAGCUAUUUUCUCCACAUCUCAAGAUUCAACACUUAAAAUGUUUUCCAAAGAGUUGAAGGACUUCCAGAGAAGCAUGUCCUUCUCUAACAUGGCAUUAUCAUCAUGUUUGAUGCUCGCAGAUGGAAAAACUGUGGUGUGCUCUUCCUGGGACAACAACGUUUAUUUCUACUCGGUCCCAUUCGGCAGGCGGCAGGACACACUGAUGGGUCAUGAUGAUGCGGUCAGUGAAAUGUGUUGGUUUGAUGACCAGCUGUACACUGCGUCCUGGGAUUCCACCAUUAAGGUCUGGGAGUGCGCUUCUGAGAGCUCAUCCAGUCACAAGAGAUCCCAGUUUCAGUUACUGGCUGAGUUGGAGCAUGAUGCUGGGGUGAACACCAUUGGUCUGAAUCCGGCAGGGACUCUACUGGUUUCUGGCUGUAAAGAUGGGGCCAUCACCAUCUGGGACACCAGCAGCUACGGAACACUGCAGCAAAUCCACUGCCACACUGGAACCAUCCACCACACGGCCUUUAGUCCUGAUAGCCGACACAUCCUCAGUGUCGGUGCCGACUCCUGUAUGAAUGUUACUGACGUCCAGACAGGGAUGGUGAUCUCGUCUGUGAAAGCUGUGGAGGAGCAGAGGUGUUUCUGCUGGGACGGGAACUCUGUCCUUUGUGGGGGACAGUCUGGGGACCUCCUGCUGUGGGACCUGCUCAGCAAUACAGUCACCCAAAGGAUCCCUGCGCAUUCAGGUGCUGUCACAGCCAUGUGGAUGAGUGAGCUGUGCUCCACAGUGAUCACAGGCGGAGAGGACAGACAGAUAAUCCUCUGGAAGCUCCAGAGUUAAAGGACCGUUUCUGCACAUUACAUCUGUUGGGGAGACUCCCAGUGCAAUGUACUGGACAAUACUGGCCAAGUAUCCUGCAGACUACAUGACCCAACUAUCUGACGUUGAAGAGAGACUCAAACAGUUGCAAGAAGCUAAAACCGCUCUGUAAAUAUACAGUAUUACAGGGCAGCAUGAGGGAGAUGACUUAAAAACUGUUCAUAACCAGACAAAAGGUCGCAUACAGUCAUGUUAUUUCAUAGCUAUCUGCAUAUUGAGAGAAAAUGUCCAAUUGCAGUUUUGUGCAUGAGAGCAGGAAGCUACGACAGUGUACACCCAUUAUGUCUUCUGUUUUCAGCUUAUUCUACAUAGGUUUGGAUUUUUUUUUUUCAAAUGUAUUAUUUGUUAUGUGUCAUGUUACACACUGCUUUUUUAAUUAUGUUUUUAUAGCUUUAUGUGCAUUUUAUUCUGUGAAGUGGACUUAAAAUGUCUGUCAAAAGCUUCAGGCUGCUCUGGUGUUAUAAUUAUUUAAAUAACACUGAUCUUUAAAAGUAUUAUUUCCUGUCUCCUGUUUGUUACUAUGUCUUUGGCUUCAGAGAUUUCUAGAAACUGUUAAAAUGUUUAGAGGGCUUGUUAAACUGAGCUCUGCUGGUUGCAACCUGUUUUAACAGUGGAAAAAUGCAUCUUAAACACAAAAGCAUUCAACAUUUUUCUGUCACAGGCUAAGUAUAUAUCAAACCCUCAACAUUCAACAUACUGCUCUUGUGCCUUUUAAUGUUUGCACAGCCCCAGCACCACAUUUGAACCCGGCAAUGCCUCAGGUUUUACUUUACUAGGUUGUAGUACUGUGAAGAGCAGGGCAGUCAUUUCUUUCAUAUGCUUUUCACAGAUCAUCUGUUAGCUACACAGUGUAAGCCAGGACUGUUGUCUUCCUUCAAAUUACUUUUGAUGGAAGUUAACAGUAGGUGUUACUUUUACCAUAAAAAUCAUUACUUUGUUUUAUACAAAAAAUAAACUUUAGACAACAUGUUAAACAUCAGAUUUGGAUACUGACACUGAUCCGGUUAAAUGUAACUACUAAGGAGACU